CGAGUCCCGGCGUGCGGGAACCCGGCCGAGCCCGGCCGUGCGGGAGCCGCGGCGGCUGCAGGCUGCUGCGGGAGGGCUGGAGCGGCGCCUCGUACCGCAUCUCGGUCCUCCGGAAACCCGCCAGCAUCGUCGCAGACCGAUGAAUUUAAAAGGGCUUCGUGACCGUCUUCUGCUUUCAGGAUGCCAGUGCUUAGCUACAGCAUAAAAGCUGAUGAUUUGACCAGCAAAAAUUACCUAAGUGGGGUACCUCGUGGGAUGAGGAUGCUGCGCCUGCCAGAGCCUGUAGCUCUGAAGGAGAAAUAGUCUACCUGAAGAUAUUUGUUUAAAAUAUUCACAGACCACCUACUUAAGGAAAUUUCAUUUUCUCAAAGCUAAGCAAACAUGAAUUGACAGGCAAUCUAUUGUUGAAGUUUCAGUCUUAUGCAGGAAAAGGUGGACAAAUGAUGGAUCACUUCAUGAUUCUGGCAGUACUGCUCCCUGUGGGGAUAUGCUACACUUCAUACUCACAGCAAGAUGUGUUUCCAGUAACGUACCUUAACGUUUCCAAGGAUUUGGAUCUUCAGCGGCUGCUGGUGGAAUGGGAUGUUGUCAAGCCUGCGCAUGAUGCUGAGCUGGCAAUGUCUUUUGAGAUACAAGUCCAUCGAGCUGAUGAAGCUACGACUGUGUGGACAGAGUUUCAUAAUGUCACACUUGAUAAAUUGGGAAAGCCUCUUCAUUGGACAUGGGAUUCAGACAUACCUUUGGAGUGUAUGUCACAUGCUGUGAGAAUCAGAAGCAAGGCAGAAGCAUCAAAAAUCUGGAGUAACUGGAGUUUGUGGGAGACUGUCCCUGGUCUGGACACUUCAAAUAGAAGUGAGCCACAAAUCUUUCCAAAAGAAAAAGUUUUAGCAGAAGGCUCUGACAUCACUCUUUGCUGCAUAGGAGGGAAAGGUCAAAUCAUUAAGAAAUUUUCUGUAUACCCAACUGUAUACCAAACUAUUGAUGUUUUCAACCACACAAACAGUCAAGUCAGACUUCUCACCGUGAAAAAUCUGUCUCAUGACAUGGGGUCUAACAUUCAUUUCUACUGUCGUGCUGAAGAUAGGCGGCUACAUCAGGCAGCUUUUUUUGUGGGUAAACCACCUGAUACACCUAAAGACUUUUCCUGCCACACUCAAGACAUGAAAAAAGUAAAUUGUACUUGGACAGAAGGAGAGACCUAUCUCUACGGACGGAAUUCACCACAAUACACCUUGUCUAAAACGUCAUCCCCGAAAGUGGCUCUGUGCAAAGCAGGUUGUUUUGAGCAGUGCUCAUGUUCUUGGGAUAUAGGCCAACAGCGGAUCUGGAAUGUCACAGUGACUGUGGAAAACCCACUGGGAAAGAGAACUGCCACAGAUGUUUUUGAUGUAAAUCACAGAAUGUAUCCCACUGCACCUUCACAGGUUUGGGAAGAUUGCACAGAUAGAGAAAUUAUAUUAUAUUGGAAUUAUCAAAACAAUGAAAUGGAACUCUUUUGUCAGACUGAAGUGAUCCAACCGGAUGGCAAAGUAGAACUGCACAACAGCUCCAUGGCAGGCUCAAAGCAUGUCACGGUGCGUGGGCUGCAGCCCGACACGGAGUACACGGCCAGAGUGCGCUGCGGGGCGGCCAAGCACUUCUGGAAGUGGAGUGAGUGGAGCCCAGCCCUCACCACCAGAACUAAGGAAAGAACUCCAUCAGGGAAACUGGACAUAUGGAGAGAAAUUACACCAGUUCUGGGGGGACGAAAUGUGACUUUGUUCUGGAAGCAAACACCAAGUUUUCAAGCAAAUGGAAAAAUUGUUUCAUAUGAAGUAACUUGGGAAAAAAUAGAAGAUGGCUCCAAGCCUGAACGCAUCUCCCUUUCUUCAGUCUACAAUAGCACAAGGAUUUUCAUUGACAACCAUUCCUACAGAAUCAGUAUCAUGGCAAAGAACAAUGCUAAUUUUUCACUUCCUUCAGUUUUGAUCAUCUCUAGAGCUACAGAUAACAGCACUGAAGAGCUUAAGGAAGGACAGGUUAAUGGUACUGAUGGUGGCAUUUUUAUCUCCUGGGAGCCCAGAAGUAUAUAUGACAGUUAUAUUAUUGAUUGGUGUAACUUUCCCAGGCUGCAGCCUUGUGAUUUGCAGUGGAAGAGAUUUGGACCCAACACUUCCAGUGCUGUGAUCAGCUCAGCUGCUUUUGUUCCGGGAGUGAGAUACAAAUUCUGCAUCUAUGGAUCUGUUGCUAACAGAGCCUCCUUACUGGAAAAAAAGAUUGGUUAUCUCAGGGAACGACCUCCUCAUCUUGACCCUAUUGUGAGAAAAGUUGACCUGACUUACAAUUCAGUUACACUGUCUUGGGAUUCUUAUCUCACAAAUGACUCAGAGACUGGUUUUGUAAGAGGCUACCAUGUUUAUGUGUCACCUGUACAAGGGAACUGCAGUUUGAAAGGAUCAAAAAAGCACAUUCUUUCAGAUGGAUCAGAGCUAUGUAAAUACACAAUUGAAAACCCAGAAGAAAAGGAAUACACCGUGAAACACCUGAUGCCAAACACAAAAUACAAAAUAGCAGUUAAAGCAUUUACAGGUGGAGGAGAGACUCCCAUUGCUUACUUUAGAUACAUAGAUACACCUCAUAACUUAAACAUCCUGUACUUUGUAUUCCUAGUAGUGAUAGUUCCAACCCUGGUAGCAGCUAUAUGCCACUGGAAGAUGAAGUGGGUGAAGGAAUGCUGCUGUCCUGUAAUACCUAGUCCUAACAAGAGCAAAGUACUGUCAUUCAAAGAGUUUAAGAUUGAUUCUGAGAAAGUGCUGAAGAUCAGUGACUGCCUUCCUGAUGUGCUAGCCAUGGACAGUGAUGCUGAAGCUCAGAAAUUGCAUCCUGUUACUGGGAGCUCGUUAUCAUCAACACCAACUGAAGAUAAGAUUGAAGGUCACAAUUCUUUCUGGAUUUACCCUAGUGAAAAUGUAGUGAGAGACGUUCCACCCACACCUACAUCUCAAACUCAUACUUCUUUUGAGAAUUUUGCUUAUUCUUCUUCACUUGAGGCUGAAUCUGAUCUCUACCGUAUACCAGAGACACUGGAAGCAGGCAAGACAAAUCAUGCAGUGAUGUUGUACCAGCCACAAUGCUAUUUAGAUAUUUUUCAUGAGGAUGCAGCCUCAACCACCAGAGAAAUACCUGAGAGAAAGAACAAUCUGAGGUACAUCUCACAAACAGAUGUGCACUGCCUGGGUGAGAAGCUUUGAUGUUCUGCCCUCCGGUGGGUCCAUCCAGUGUUUGGCUACACACUAUAAAUGAGAAUUUCUAAAACCACAACUUCUUUUGAUUAGGGUUCUCACAAGCCCAGCUGCCUGACUGCCAUUAAUACGGCAAAACUGUUGUUCUUGGACUAGUUUCGAGUACUGAUUUACACAGAAAUUACGUGUGUUAUGGUUCUACUACAACUUACGGGCAUUAGACGACAUUUAUAGGCUGUUUUGUGGCCUGUAUUAUGCAGAAAGUUACAUCACAGCAAUCUGUCACAGGCUGAUGCAGAGAACUGCUUUAUUUUGCAGAGAUUAAAACUAUUCAUAAAGUAGAGGAGCAAAUGAAACAAGGGGGAAGAUUGUACUGCUCAAGAAGUGUAUUUCUCUUACAGUGUCCUCUGUACUCUGGCCACCCCAGCCAAUGGGUACUGUGCUACUGGGCAUGGAGCAUUACCCAGCCCAGUCAUUUUGGAGGCUGGCUUGUAUUUUCUCUCUCUCAAAUGAUGUAAGGAAUCAUCAUAGAAAUGUUACCUGCACACAGUGCAGCUCAUUCCUAUAAGAUUUGAAGGAACUUUGACUUCCCCAGGAGUGCUGCCCAGACCACCCAAAUCCAGUGAUCAUCCUGCUUUUAUUUCACUUGUGUCCCAACUACAUUUGAUGUGUUAAAGAGCACAGAAAACAGGUUUUUAUAGCAAAGACCCUGCUUCCAUUUCUUGUAACUGGGGCUCCUGACACUUACACUUUCUCUGCCUAAAGACUCUUUAAAAUCAUCUUAACUAUACAUUGAAGAGAUGUAGGGAGUUUGGUGGACAGGAGUUAAUUUUCCACAAGGACAGAGGUGGUACCACAUAGCAUGGGCUCUGCUGGUGCACAUGAACUGAACUUUUGUCAUUGACUCCUGUAUUCCAUAGCAAGCCCCAAUCUGCCAACCAACAGACAGGCUGGUCGUAAUCACAGGUAUAUGAAUCACAUUUGUGAAGAGCAUCAUAUUCAGGCUGCCUACAUCUAGAUCUCUCAACACUAGUUUUGCAUGUGUUACAAAAACAAAACCAAAAAAAUAACACUCAGUAACACUGAGUAACAUUCAGAAUCCCUACAAUAGGCCACGGUGCAUUUGGCCUUUCAUUUUGAUUUCAGGAAACGGUACAUUUGUAAUGAAGCAGUACAGUUGGAAUUGUAGCUGAAAGUUUCAUCAAAUGUACCUCAGUGCACAAGGAACCCUUUGGUUUUGCCUCCUUAUGCUGUUUGGAAUCUGUCACAAAGAGAUGGUUUCAACUUAAGAGUACACCAUAAGUGAUUCUCAAAGGUGAAACAAAGGAAGGGUGUCUAACAAUUUGAUGUUCAGCUAGUUUGGUAAUAUGUAAUUAUUUGCCUUCCCUGUGUUUCACCAGCUAAUCACACUCCUAGAAACCAAGCAGCUGCAGACAAAGUGAGAUCUGAUACUGAACCACAUCUAGUUUUUAUAGUGUUGCUUACAGAUACUGUUGUAAUGUCACAAGCUGUGUUGCAACAGGAAAACCAGUGAGACCUUGCACAGCCUGUGGGCUGAGACAAGCACUGACUGCAAACAAAGGGAGAAGUCUUUAGCUUGGAAAAGGGGAGGUACAAAGAUACAGAUACAAAGAUGGGCAGAUGCGGUUGGAGGUGUUCAGUCCACAUCCUUGUGCUGUGCACAGGUGCAGGUGGCUCACAGACUUGAGAAGCAGAGGAGAGUUUGCAGCAUGGUCCUUCCUUUCAGCCUCCAGCCAGCCAAGUAAGGAAACACAGCUGGGCACCUUCUGCUGGAGGGCAAGAGAACAGGAAGGGUAAGUGUGAGGUUAGAACCUCCAGUGCUCUCGAUGCACUACUUCGUGUCGGGUUGUCUUAAAUGAGCAAGCAGUUAAUAGUUGCUAAAAGGCUGUUUAUUACAAAAGCACUUAAGUCUCAAAAGCAAAAUCACAGACAUUAAAGUCCAUGCUAAGUUUCAGUAUAAAGUCCCAAACAGAAGUAGAAGCUGCUCUUGUUAAGGACCCGGGAAUGUUGCUGUGGCAGCUCCUAUCUUCUUCUUAGGUGUUAAUGGCAGCGAGCAAAGCAAAAUAGAAAAGCAAUAGCAAAAGCAGUGGCAAAAUCAAUGGCAAAAAGCACCAGCUCUCCCCAGUACGUACUCUUAUAUAGGAUUUUUCUAACAAGCUAGGAUACAAACUUGGAUCACUACUUCUUAACCUGUUAGAAUUCCAAUUUCUUAACACGGUAGAAUACGUAUAAACUAUGCAUACAAUCUGUCUUGUUCUAGCUGAAAAAUGUAAGCAAUAUUCUUACUAGAGCUCUAUUAUGUUUAAGCACUAAGACCACAUUCCUGGAGCCUACACUGAAAGCAUUAGUAUGUUUUUUAACCUUCAUUACAACUUGCACUUCUACUCAGGCAUCCUUUCACUCACUAAAGGCACUGAAGCUCAUUCUAAAACUUACUUACUGACUCACUUACUUAGGCUAAAACUUAAACUUACACCUCUGCUUUAUGUGCAAGUAGCUUAAUGUACUUCAAUCCAUCCAAAGGCUUUAAUUCAAUCCCUGCACUCUGAUCUCUCUCUGAAAAAUUCAGAGAGACCUGGCUCAGUGACUCCAAGAGUAAGGGAGAAGGCUGAUACUAUUUAAUGGAUACAUCCCAGGGAGACUUUCUCCCUUUAUCUUAGCCUCUGCUUUGAGGAACAAUACAUGUGAAAGCUUGAUACCACAGUAUCUUUAUAGCUUGGAACACUGGCUUCUCCAGAGUGCUUCAUCACAUUGUAUACACUUGUGUAGCUUAAAAGAUUUACUGCUGGAAAAAAGGCCAAUAAUGUAAAUGCUUUGUCACAACUAAUACAAAACUUCUGAGCUCUACAUUUCAGAAAAAGAUGUAUUUAUUCUAAAAUGCUGAAAAGGUAUCCUAAAUCAAGAGUUAUGUAUUAAGGAAUUAAGAUAAAGACAUCAGUCAAAGAAAUAAGAGUAUUGCACAAAGCAUUUUAAAUUUUGACAUUGCUGCAGUUCUUCAUGCCAGGAGGACAGCUGCAACAGGCACAAAUCUCUGCUUUGAAAAAGCUGCUGUCACUGAGGCCGGGCUGCAGCAAUUCCAUCCAGGAAGUGAAUCAAGGCAUUUGUGGGUUCAGCCAGCUGUGCCUUCCUGAUGGUGGGGUGAGACACCCGGGCCUGGCUGAGUUCCCACCUCUCAGUCUCCUGGUUGUUCCCAGGGAUAUCCCGCUCUGAUGAAAUUCCAUUAUCUGGAUGCAGUGACACACUUGAGCACAUUCCAGAUUGCUGAGUGAGGGAAGGAGAAGCUGGCUCCUCUUUCCUUAUAAACCGUUCUGCUUCCUGGCUCUGAUGAUAUUAUGCACCUCCUGUGCAUAAAAAGCACACAAAUGGAGGAUUCCAGGAAGGAUAAUGCCUCUGUGCCAGUCAAAGGGUAUAGUCUGGGCACCAGAACGGAAGAUUAGAGAAGUUAUUUUGGCAUGUGUGGAGAAGUGUGUAUAAUUUUUAUAUAUUAAAACAUCUGUCUUGCAUUAAUGGUUGAAUGAGUUCAAAACUGUAAUGCUCUCUUUUUUUCUUGUUCAUAAUGCAACUUUCACAGCUGUUGUUGAAAUGCUAAUACAUAAACCAUCACAUAAUAGAAAAUCAUUCUCGGUAUGUUAAAUUUUUAAAAUAAAAAUGAUGUGUGAACUAUUAAAGAGUCUCUGUAUUUUAUAAAGCAUUAAUGUAAAAUAUAUUUUUUGCAAAAAAAUUUUAUUUGGGAAGCUUCUGAUUGUUCUAGUUAACUAGUAACUUACAAAUAUAAAUUAAAUUCCAACCCCUUUCUAAUGCUGAGGUACACAGGAGACCAGAACAACUAUAAGAAGUUUAAGUACAUUUUAUUAACAACGCAUCCCUUUGAUAAGUCUACGCUUUAGGAGGCCUUUAAUGCUCAUUGACAUGAACUGUACACAGUAUACAAAAGAAAAAGAAAAAAGAAAAACACAAAAAAAAUCAAGGUGGGCAAUACCAUUUUGGGACAAGCUUCUGUUUAAAUUAUACACAGCUCAAUGCAAUAUUCUUACGUAAAAUAUAUAAAUACUUUUUCUUUCUAUGUUACAGGUAUACAAUAUAAAUCAGAUUUCAAUGUCUGUUCAGUGACCUACAAACUAGAACCUCCAAAUAUGUAGCAGCGUAUUACUAAAUGAAAAAAAGACCACACAGAACAGGGAGAGUAAGUAUUGAGAUUUUUCUUGAUCCCUUCCCUC